UACAAAGAUGUCUUUAAGUGAGAAAAGUGAUGAGGAGAUCGCCCAAUUGCUCGCUCAGUAUGACAUCAAACAUGGACCCAUAGUGGACUCUACUCGAAAGCUGUAUGAGAAGAAGAUUGAAAAGGCGAUGAAGGACGCCCCAGCCAAACCCUCCUCUGAUAAGACCUACUACAGAGAGGAAGAGGAGGUUAUUACUUACAUGACAUACCACAAUCCGGUUAGACACGAAGGUUAUGCAGACAUGCUGAAACGAAGAGGCAACGCUGAGCCAGACGAAGACGAGGAAUCAGAUCAAGACACAGAGCCAUCUAUCCAGAGCAGUAGCACGACAGUCAACCACAGCACCGCACGACCGAGGGAGCCCAUCAGAAAGUCCGGAGGCUGCGUGUGGAAGAUGAUUCGACUGCUGCUACUGUUAGCUGUGUUAGGAGCUGUCUUCUACUACACCUACUUCCACGUGAUGAACAGUGAAGAAAACAUUCUGGGGCUCCGUGAUCGAUAGAUCUGAUUCGCUUUUAGGAUGUCGGGUUCCAAGCUCAUCUCUAUUCAUCUUAUUCAUCUUCAUUUAUUCGUCAACAGUUCAACAGUUUGACAGCUGUUAGUAAAGAAAUAUCACAUUCCGUGAUAUUUUAAUGGCUGGAGAUAUUCACUUUUCUUUUAUUGUCAACAAAUCUCACGCAGAGUCUAACCAACAAUGAUUUGAUCUUAUUAAGUAUUAUGUGUAUCUACAGUAUAUCCUGAUUUGUCGUAUUCCUCUGUGUCAUAAAGCUCUAUUGUUGUCCAAAAACGAUUAAAAACGCAUUGAUGAGCCUCACUGUUGUAAUGGGUGACA